AUGAAAAAUGAUAAAAUUAUUUAUUGGUUAAUUUUUUCAUUUUUUUAUCAAUUUAUUUCAUGUUAUAUUAUUACUAAUUCUUUUACUACUUUUAUUAAUACACUAAAUACUUUUAAUACCCUUAAUACUGUUAAUACUGUUAAUAGUGAGGAUUGGAGUACUAAUAUUGAAGAAAAUAUUACUCAUUUUGCUGCACCUAAAGUAGGUACUGGACCUACUGGUACUAGGUUCGAAUCCCAGUCCAGUACUCCUAACGAUAGUACAGUUGUACCUGGUACUAAGGUUAGUAGUAGUACAGUUGUAUCUAGUAAUGAGGAAACUAGUAUUACUAAGGAUGGUACCAUUGGACCAAGCACCGUUACUAUGGGAAAGGGAGCUAAUUUUACAGCUAUAGAGUGUACUAUGGGAAAGGGAGCUAAUUCUACAGCCAUAGAGUGUACUAGUGAGAAAAAUCCUAAUAAAAUUGCUGCUGUUACUAAUUUUGGGGAGUCAAGUACUAAUACUGUGGAAACCCCUGGAGGUAUUAGAAAAUUAAAUUAUAUAGAAAGAAAGGAAAUAAUAAAGAAAAUAAAUUUAAAGGAUAAUAAAUUAAUUAAAAAUAUAAUAUCGAAAUAUAAAUUAACAGAAAUAAUAACAAAUAAAAAACCGAAAUUAAAGAAAAUAAAACAAUUUGAAAUAAAGAAAUUAACAAAUGAAAUAAAUUCAUUUGAUGAAGAAUUGGAAUCAUUUGGUGAUAUCGAACCAACACAAAUCAAUCAUGUGAAGGCUGGUAGUUUUAUAUAUUAUAAAAAUGAAGUUUAUAUAUUAAUUUCUAUACAACAUAUUGCACAAGCAAGAGCUAAAGGACAUUAUAAAGUUAAAAUGAAAUUAUUACAUACUAAUAAAGAAAAUUCUUUUUCUUUCCCAGACGGUGCUAAAUUAUCCAUUAUAAUACAUAAUAAAAUAUCAUGUAUUUAUUCACAUUUUGAUAUUAAUACUAAUUCAUAUGUUUUUAUCCGUGACGGUGACAGUGACCAUGGAGUUAAUAGUAGUAAAGAUAUUGGAGGAGUUAGUAAAGGUACUGAAGUAGGUGGACUUACUGGAGGUACGGAUACUGGAGUUACUGGAGAUAGUACUGGAAAUAAUAUAAGAAUAAAUAAGAAUAUGAAUAUAAAUGCAUUGAAAUAUAUGAAAUCAGGAUUAAAAGUGAGUAUAACAAUGUGGAAAGAUAAGAUAUUGAAUGUGUUUAUACCAUUUCAUAUAGAAUAUAAAGUAGUAAAAAUCAAUACAGGUAAUUAUGCAGCUACUUUAGAUAAUGGUUUAACAGUAUUAGUACCAACUUAUAUCAAAGUUAAUGAUCAUAUUGAAAUCACAACCAAAGCCGGUGAAUUCUUAAGAAGAACUAAAAUCUCCUAA